UUCCUUUAUCUUUUCCGCCAUUUUGCUUUGUCUGGAUCUCUAUAUAACUAAAAUCAAAAGGACAGUUCUUGCUACUGUAUCUGUACACUCUCCCAGUCUGCCAGCUUUAUAAUACUAUUGGAACAAGAAUGCGGGCAUUUCGAGCACAUAUUCCCUACUGUAAGCUGCUGUUUUUGCACUAAGAAUGCUUGCUUUCUGGGCGGCAGAGCCGCUCAGCCCAUGAUCUGAUGAAUUUUUCCUCAAAGCAAUAGGAAAGGAAUCUCGCUGCGCUCCUGCAAUAACUCCAGGGCCAGGCCUUCACCCUCGAGUAAAAGUCAAACUCUGCAGGCGCUCCCCGUCCGAAUUCGGAUUAGUCCGAAUUCGGAUUAGUCCGAAAGGGAUACCGUGGUUAGACCCAAAAAAAAAGAAAUCUCGCCUUUUUUUGUCACGUGGAAAAGGAUUUUCUUUCUCGGUUGGAACUAGGUAUUGAACUAUUCCUAGCUGUAUCCUUGAAACAUGAAACCCAAAUUAAAGAAAGGCUGGCGCUCAAUCAUUCCUUUUAAUGUGCAAGGAAAAUCAGCCAACUGUUUUUGCAUCUUUCCCAGUGUAGAUUCAGCAGGCUAUAGUCCAAAGGAUGCACCUGUUUAUCUCAAUGUAUACGACUUGACACCUAUGAAUGGUUACUUUUAUUGGGCAGGCCUCGGCGUAUUCCAUACUGGAGUAGAAGUGCAUGGUGUUGAAUAUGCUUUUGGAGCCCAUGACUAUCCAACAAGUGGUGUCUUUGAGGUUGAACCUCGCCAAUGCCCUGGAUUUAAGUUUAGAAAGUCUAUUCUCAUAGGGACAACCUAUAUGGAUCCCGUCCAGGUUAGAGAGUUCAUUGAGCAGCAAUCUGCAUAUUACAGCGGUGAUACGUAUCAGUUGGUUAGAAAGAACUGCAAUCAUUUCUGUGAGGAUAUAUGUUACAGAUUGACGGGGAAUCGCAUACCAAAAUGGGUGAAUCGGCUGGCAAGAAUAGGGUCAAUUUGCAAUUGCAUACUUCCUGAAUCCCUGAGAGCUUCUACUGUGCGGCAUGAUGCAAAUUUUCAAGGCUGUGACAGCGAGAAAAAGAAACUGAGGAGCUCUUUUGGCUGCCUGUCUUCAAUUUCCUUGCGUCAGAAGGAGAGAGAAGUAUCAAUAUCGUCGUUGUUCUUACAUUCUCAUUACAAAGGCUGCUUGACCCCAUGGGAGCCAAAAAUUUCUAAAAGUGGUUCUUUAAAGGAUGGAUAACAACUCCUCUUUAGUUGAUUCUUUCACGCUUACUAAAUUCUCGCGUGUUUAUCGCUAGUGGGUUCUCCUUUUUGGUCCAGAUGCUUUUGGAGGUCAAAAGCAAGCUUUGCUUUUUGGUGACGCACAAUGCUUGUCCUUCGGUCUUUUUGGCUUGUAUAUUAGGGCAUUCCAUGUAGUCUCUAGAAGAUUAUAUGCCAGUUGAAUGGCAUUUCAGGGAUGAGAUCACAUUUCUUGGUUGUAAAAGCCAGCAAAAAUGUGGCUGCAUUGAUGUCCAAGCACAAUUUAUCUGUCUCGGGCAUCAUCCUCUUCACUUUUCGUGGAGACCCAACAGCAUGGCUCCAGGGCUCUUGUAGUCGUGUGAUCACAGGAUCAUUCUGCUCUUGAUCCGUUUGCAACACAUUGUUUUGUUACCAGAGUGGUUAAAGAAACGAUUUUUCCGUAGUUAAGCUACAUCUCCUAUGGCAAUAGAAGUGAGGGGCAGCUGACUAGUUGAGGUAAGGCAGGAUGGGUUUGGAAAAAGUCCAUCAAGCUCAGGUCUGGCUGAUACAUUGAGGGGAAGAUGAAUCGCACAUUGUUAUUCUGGA